AAUUGUAGUAUGUAGCAGUUGCUGCCCGGCAAGUGCGUGUCAGAGAUUAGCAGGUUUCUUUUGCUCUCCCAACACACACACUCGAUCUCGCUCUCGAAAUCAGCGGCGCCGUGCAGCAUGCUGAUUAACUAACAAGCUCCAAAUUAUAAGAUAAAACAUUAAUCAAUUGAAUUAAACAAUUGAUGAAUGCAUUAAGUGCGGCUGCCCGAACGUGAAUUAAGUCACAACUUGAAGCGCGAAGCAUCCUCCAAGUUAAUUGUGGAACGAAUGUUGCGCAACCCGUCGUCGCUCUGCUACCCGCGUGCUAACUCAACAACAACAAUAACAACCUCAACAACAACACCGUCAACACUAUCACGCCAUCAAAGACGCAAACGCCACUGAUAAGCAGAGCAGUAACAAUGAAGAAACGUUCCAAUUCACGCGGCACGCCAACUGGCGGUGAAGUAGCAAGUUCAAGUGGCGACCAGAGUGUGGCAUCCACCAAGUACAAAUCGGGGGCAUCGAGUGCGCCGGCAACGCCAACGAAACGCAGUGGUAGCAACAACGGUGGCAAGAAUGGCAACAACAAAGAGGAAAUCGCACAGACUUUUGUCAUUGUCAACGAGAGGCCCGUGGAUGACAUUUCCUUGGAUUUCUUCUAUAAGCCGCAUACUAUCACCUUGUUGGCCGUCUCCGUUUUAGCCGUGAUGUACACGGCUUUUGUCAGGAACGAGGCCAACUUGGAUGACAACCUGUGGGCGGGACUCUUGUGCAUUGUAUUCUUCUUUCUGAUCGUUUCCGUAAUUGCAUUUCCAAAUGGACCCUUCACACGUCCACAUCCGGCCGUUUGGCGGAUCCUAUUUGGCUGUUCCGUCCUCUAUCUGCUCACGCUACAGUUUCUCAUGUUCCAAAACUAUUCAACCAUACGCAACAUAUUCUAUUGGCUUGAUCCCAAGCUGAAGAAUUUUCACAUAGACAUGGAGAAGGAAUAUGGCGUCAAUUGCUCAGACAUUAGCUGGGAUCGUGUCAAGGGCCAUUUGGAUGUCUUUGCCUGGGGACAUUUUCUGGGCUGGGCUUUUAAAGCUAUUCUCAUCCGUCACAUGGGCAUCUUGUGGGCCAUCUCAGUGAUGUGGGAAAUUACGGAAAUCACCUUCGCCCACUUGUUGCCCAAUUUCAUUGAAUGCUGGUGGGAUGCUCUCAUUCUGGAUGUGAUUAUUUGCAAUGGUCUUGGCAUUUGGAUGGGUCUGAAGAUCUGCAAGAUACUCGAAAUGCGUGAAUACAAAUGGGCGAGCAUUAAGGACAUCUCGACGACAACGGGCAAAAUCAAGCGUGCCAUGCUGCAGUUUACCCCAGAGAGUUGGUCGGCCAUUCGUUGGUUGGAUCCCAAGUCGACGGCCAUGAGAUUUGCGGCUGUUAUACAGUUGGUCAUCUUCUGGCAGGUCACCGAACUGAAUACGUUCUUCCUGAAGCAUAUAUUCGAGAUGCCGCCCGAUCAUUUCAUUGUGAUUGGUCGUUUAAUAUUCAUUGGUCUGUUUGUGGCGCCUUCAGUUAGGCAAUAUUACGUAUACGUCACCGACACGCGCUGCAAACGCGUCGGCACCCAGUGUUGGGUUUACGGCGCCAUUAUGGUCUCCGAGGCUAUUCUGUGCAUCAAGAAUGGCAAGGAGUUGUUUGAGCGCACGCAAGCCAUCAACAUUGUGCUCUGGCUGACCGUGCAGGUGCUAAUAUCGGUGGCCUUUGUCUACGUUGCCGUCCUCUGGCAGCAACGUCAGCUGAAAAAAGCUUCAACGCCCACAAAGAAGCAAGGAGAUAGCGCAGCGAAUUCACCAACUAAAGGUAAAUUGUCGCCGGCAAAAGAGAAGAAAAUCAAAUGAGGCCAUUUAAGCAAACCAAAAAAAGAAUCAUAAUACUAUAACUAGUUGGGAAAAAUACAAAACAGAAAAAAGAA